AUGAUGAGGUUGAACUUUAAGACAGUAUUACUCAUAAUAGUAGUUGCAGUGUUAAGUUCACUAUUGACAUCGUGGAAUAAUUGUGGCAGCCCUUCAUUUUUUAAAAACACUGAUUGGAAAUCAAAAUUUCAGCAUAGAGAUCGAUUAAACUUAGAAACUGGUUAUCAAGAAAUAGAUUGUCACAUAAAUGGUGAUUAUUCUAUUGGAUGUCGUAAGGAAGGAGAUGAAGUUUAUAUUCCAUUUUCAUUUAUUCAUAAAUAUUUUGAGAUUUAUGGAAAGUUAGCAAUCUAUGAUGGCUUAGAAAGAUUUGAAUGGUUGCAUAGUUAUUCCAAAAUUGUUAAUCCUAAAGGGAAAUAUGAUCCUAAAGGAGUAUUUAUGACCUUUGAGAACUAUAAUGUUGAAGUUAGAGAACGUGUUAAAUGUAUCAGUGGAAAUGAUGGAGUACCAAUAUCUACUCAGUGGGAAAGUCAAGGCUAUUAUUAUCCUACUCAAAUUGCUCAAUUUGGACUAUCACAUUAUAGUAAAAAUUUAACAGAACCAGAGCCUCACAGAAAAAUUAUUGAAGAUUCUGAUAAAGUUAAAAGAGAAUGGAUAAUACCUCAAGGAUCUAUUGCAUCUAGAGUAUUUGAUAAACAUGCUAACAGUCAUGUGAUGAAGUUUGCAACACCAGAAACUAGUACUUCUGGAAUCAUCCUAAAAUUAGAUCAUGUGUUAGAUUUUGUAUUAAAGUGGGAUUUUAAUAUUAAAGACAAUGCAACUAUUAUGAUCACACUGCAGUCCAGGGAGAGAAAAGAGAUAUAUUAUCUUCAUUAUGUUACUAGCAACAUAGUUUUAUAUACUUAUAACAAUCACGUUUAUUAUGGAAUUGGUCAAAUUAAUCAUCAGUGGAGACGAUUUACUAGAGACUUGGUUAUAGAUUUACAAAAAGGUUUAUACUUAAAUGACAAAAAUAAAAAGAAAUUGUCUCGUUCAAAAUUGAAGAUGGUAAAAAUAACUUUGUAUGGAUCAGGAAUGAUUGAUAAUGUAACAUUAUCUACAAGUGAACAUAUGGAACAAUUUUAUGAUGCAGCUAGAUGGUUUGUUGCUAACCAAAACAUUACUUCGGGUGGAUGGGCAAACCCUGUUAGGAGAAAAGUUGCUCCUGGGAUGGCUACACUUGAGCCUGGAUGGUAUUCUAGUAUGGGUCAAGGGCAUGCAAUUUCGGUAUUAGCACGGGCGUAUUAUCAUUCUGGUGAAGAAAAGUAUCUUCAAGCUGCAGUAAGAGGCUUGCAGCCUUUUAGAUUAUCCUCUAGUAAAGGAGGAGUAGCUGCAGUAUUUUUAGGUAAAUAUGUAUGGUAUGAAGAAUACCCUACAACACCUUCUUCUUUCAUACUUAAUGGAUUUAUUUAUUCUUUGAUUGGUUUGUAUGACUUAAAAAGCAUAGCGACAGGUAAAGAUGUGGAAGAAGCAUCUCGUCUUUUUAAUCAGGGUAUGACAUCUUUGAAAAAUAUGUUAACAUUGUAUGAUACUGGUUCGGGUACGACAUAUGAUUUACGUCAUUUUACAUUAAAAACCGCUCCAAAUUUAGCUAGGUGGGAUUAUCAUUCCACUCAUGUUAAUCAGAUCCUUCUUCUAAAUUCAAUCGACAAUGAUCCAAUUUUUACCGCUACCGCAGAACGAUGGAUAGGUUACAUGAAUGGUAAGAGAGCUGCACAUAAUUAA